AUAUUCCACACCACGCAAUUUGAAUGGAAUUAUUAUUCCGCAUCCCCCGACCUCUCGCCUCACCUGCGUUUCUUUUAAAUCCCUUUCCCAAUUUCGAAACCUUUCUUCUUUCCCUUGUUAAUUCACAAUUUCUCUUGCCGAGAGAUUUUCCUUUGUACCCUUGAAUUUUAAUGGCUCAUUCUUCCUUCGAAUCAACUCACCCUUUGUUGUUGUUGUCGUCGUCAUUCUUGUCCUUGUUUUCUUCUCUCAUUUCUAUUCAUUUCAAUUCGAACGAUAACAUAUUUUCAAAGCCUUCCCUUCCUCAGAUUCUCUGUCAAUCUUGUAGCUCUUUCUGACACCGAAAGUAGGAGGAGUCCUCACCGAUGGGAAAGCGCAAUUCUCAACGUAAAAAUGCUGCGAUGUUUGAGAGCGAUGAUGAUAAUAGUAGUGUGAGCUCGUCUUCGACCACGCGGUCGGAUCGAGUGCCCGUUUUGGGGACCGAAGAAGUCCAAUUAGAUAAAGACAGUUUACUAGAACAAGCUCUAGACGCUCUUUAUGAAAAGAGGGGUUCCACAAGAGAAAAAGCUCUGGCAUCAAUUAUUGAGGCUUUUAAUAGCAGCUUGCAGCAUGAAUUUCUGGAAAAGAAAUUUGCCACUUUACUGCUUCAGUGUCUGAACUCUGUUAAACGCGGGUCUUCUAAAGAGAUAUCUUUAGCUUCUCAUGCCAUUGGCUUGUUGGCCUUGACUGUUGGCCCUGGGGAUAAUGCACAUGAAAUAUUGGAAGAGUUGAUCAAUCCUCUUUCACAGGCUUUUAAAUCUGUGUCUGAUUCACUAAAAAUAUCCGAGUUGCUGGAGUGCUUGGCCAUCAUCACUUUUGUUGGUGGAAAUGACUCUGAGGAAACAGAAAGGUCAAUGCAAAUAAUGUGGCAAGUGGUUCAUCCAAAAUUGGGUUCUAAUGUUGUUGCAUCCAAACCCUCAGCAGCUGUCAUAACUGCAGUGGUGUCAGCUUGGUCCUUUCUUCUGACAACUAUGGAUGGGUUCAGCCUAAAUCCCAAGCAUUGGCAGGAGUCAAUAUCAUAUUUAUCAAGUCUGCUGGAUAAGGAUGACCGGUCUGUACGCAUUGCUGCUGGUGAAGCGCUUGCUCUAAUUUUUGAGAUAGGAAGUGUGGAGAAGUUUUGUGGUGAAGCUAAAAGUUCAAAUGAUGGCUCUAUUCAAGGAAGCAAACCUCGGGAAGGAUUUUCACAUAUACAAGGACUGAAGGGGAAAAUCAUAAAUCAAGUCAAAAACCUUUCUACCGAGGCUGGUGGCCGAGGUUCUGCUAAGAAAGAUCUUAACAGUCAGCGCAACUUGUUUCGAGAUAUUCUAGAGUUUUUUGAGGAUGGUUAUUGCCCUGAGACAUCAGUGAAGAUUGGUGGAGAAUCAUUACAGACAUCCUCAUGGUCUCAACUGUUACAGUUGAAUUUUUUAAAGCGCUUUCUUGGGGGAGGCUUCGUUAAGCAUAUGCAGGAAAAUGAAUUCCUUCAUGAUGUCUUUGGGUUCACACCAAAGAAGAAGCAUCUUCUAGAUGAUGAACAUCGUAUAUCGAGUGCUGAAAAGAGGAUGUAUAGGUCGCCCAACUCAGUUCUCAACAAGGCUAGGACCCAGCUACUUAACAAGCAGAGAAUGUUAUCUGAGGGUAGAAAUGCUGGCCACUUCGCAGUCAACGUGGGUGAUGAAGAGGUGUGAAGGCAAGAUGUUGUGACACUCAUAUUUAAAACCUUGAUGUAAUCAUAUAUGACGUGGUGGGCAUUACACUACCAUCUAGUUAUAUGCUACGUACCCAAUUUCUCUAUUAGCAUCCCCGCAUAAGAAAUUUGUGUAUUUGCUCAAGGAUCUACAUACACACAUCAGAUUUGUCAUACCUUUAUUCAAUAGUUUUUCUACAUUGCUCUGUUAAGACAUUAA